AUGCUAUCAUCUGGGGUGGAAUCUCUCCUGGAUUCUUCUGUGUGUGCUGUGACAGAGAAGCUGUACACUGGGCUGCCAGAGAGCAUCUCCACGGAACUCAUGGCUGUAUCGGAGCCGCGUGGUGGGUUACAUGUGAAACCCGAUGUCUCGACGCCCGUGCUGGUGUGCAGCGACAGUCUGUCAGCCGAGCAUCACAGGACUUCUGGAGCAGAAAACUUUUGGCAGAAGACAGAGGAUUUGGGUGAUAGGCUCGAGGUGAUUUCUCAUGGGCCAGCAGAAUCCCUUACUAAGGUGUUACUAAAGGCUGGAGACCCUGAAGAGGAUGAAAAGAAACAAAGAAACUUCAGGAAACUAGACUGUUCUAGUGACACAUGCCAGAAAGAAGACGAAGGGGCCCAAGGUGCUGAGGAGUACCAUGCUGAAUGCUGUGCUUUAACUUCUGGGGAAAGUUGGUCAAAACAAGAGGACCCUCACUUAAACCAGCAUGAGGUGAAGUCUUUGAGAAUGUGUUGCACUGAAAUAGCAGGAUCUCUGGAGAGCACAGAAGAAAACCAAGCAAAUGUUCAGGUGACAGCUGAAACUCUGCCAAAGCUCACUGAAGAAGUACAAGGUAUGAAGGCUGAUGGGACUAGGAGAUUCAGUAAAGCAGGAUACAGGAAUGACAGAGUGAGUAAAGGUCUUCCACCCAAGAGCAAUGAAAGCCCAGAUGUAGACACAGUCAUGGCCAGAGCUGAGGUUUCAGAAACCAGCACAUUAGAUUGUGUAGAGCCUUUAAAAAUCACGGACAUUGAAUCAGCCACAGAGCAUCCACAAGAAACAGGUGAAUAUAAUGGGCUGAAAGCCCAUACUGCCAUGCCAUUGAGAACAGGGGGUGAUGUUGUAGCUGUUUGGGAGACUAGAGAAGAGAAGUUACCACAACGAAGUCCCAUUAAUAAAUUCAGUACACCACUUGCUAAUUGCCAGACAUAUCAGCAGGAUGAAGAAAACCAUGCUCAUGACUUCUGUACUGAUCCUGUACCUAAUCAUAAUGAACCUUACAGGUUGUCACCAGUAGAAAGCUGUAGACCACUCUCCACAAAACAUUCUGAAGUUUUGUAUUCGGUUCUGAAAAACAUCUCUUACCUGGACUUUAGAAAUAUGCCACUAGAAAACAAUAGUACUGCAGUCCAUGGCAUUCUCAGUGAAACCCCUAAAAUCUAUCUUACCCAAAACAUCCAAAGUCAGACUCAUUAUGAUCGUGGAACUGGCUUUGUAGCUAAUAGAACCUCCACAUCAAUACCAGCAGAGCACACCUCGGUGUUAAAGAGCCAAGGAUUAUCUAGUGCUGAAAUCGACCCUAAGGAAGUAAGUGCUAGUAUAGAUAAGUCAUACAACUCUGAAUUUGAAGAGGCUGCUGAAGUCAAGAGAAAAAUUGCUGGAGACAACAUAGAAAUUCAUAGCUGGCCUGAAGAUCACGAAGGUGCUAAUUCUGAGCACUGUCAUUCUUCAGUUUCUGGUUCUGUUGCUUCAUCUCCUGAGGAGUUCUCGAAAGAAGAAUUUAUAAAGGUCCCAUCAGAGGGUGAUAAAUUGAAAAAGGAUCAGUGGCAAUUCUCUGUCAGUGAUCUAUGCAAGGAUGAUGUAAAAGAAAAUAGUCUAUUGGUGGAAAUGAGCAACGCUGCUUCCCAUGAAAUUGGACUGACACAUAUAUGCUUUUAUAAUACCUUCAGUAAAAUUUCUCCUUCCAGUAGCCAGAGCUGUCUGAAUCUUAGUACCAAGCUAGAAAAAGAUUCAUCAGAGGUACAACUGCUUGAAAAACAAUCUAAUAGAACAUCAGAAGAGUUGGCUGGCAGUUUAGUCAAAGCUACAGAAGCUAAUGACCAUUUGUCCUCUGACAAAGAAAGUAAUUUGCUUUAUACACUAAAUGUAACUCUACCUCCUGUUGAGAGAGGAGAACCUGGUUGUAUUGAGUGUUCUCCUUGUACUUCUAAUGAAGUUUUGAGCAGGGAUAAGGCUCAGGAUAAUCCAUCUAGAAAAGAAUCAGUUGGUGCUUCUGGAAAUACAGAGGAACAAGUCACUGAAAUUAUGCUUCAUAAAGACAAGUUCAAGUCUUCAGUAAGUUCCAAGAUUUUUCAUACCCCUAAUAUGACAAGCAAAAUUUUCCAAAAUGACAUGAAGUCUUCGGCAGGAAAUACAGAGGAUGUAGUCACUGACUUAGAAAAUGAACGCAGUGACACAUGGAAUUGCAAUAAUCAGAGUGUGCAAGCCCAGUGUACAGCUGCCAGUACUUCCUGUAUUUUAUCAGGGAGUACACAUGUAGAUGAUGUUCUCCUGAACAGUCAUUCUAUCAGUGUUGAAGUUGAUAAGAAGAGUGAAGAAAAUUAUUAUUUGGAAGGAGAAGGUUCAGCUGGAUUUAACAGUACUAAGGCAAUUAUCUUUCCAGAAGCACACUUCCCUUUGGCAUGUGGAUCUGUUCCUUGUGGAGAUGACUGGGGCAACAGAGGUGUAGAUCUGCAUGGGAUAAAUGACAUUUCCACAGAAAAAAACAUGUUUUGUUCAGUUUAUACUGCAGUCAAGUCUGCUGCUACCUUGGUAAGAGAUGUUUCAAAUAAGAGUAUGGAUAUUGUGAAACAAUGUGAUCUUUGUAAUGUAACAGACAGCAGUGAAAUUAUUCGUGACAGAGAUGAGGCAAAAGAUCAAAUCAGCAUGUGUGUGCUCCAGACAAAUGAAUUUGAUAUAAUAAGAACUGUGGAUUCUCCAAAGGCUACUGAAGGCAAUCGGAGAAAUAAGACUACUGAACAGCUGUUUGUCAGAUAUUUGAACAAAAAAACCUGUGUUCAUAAUUUUAGAUUUUGCCACUCUCCAUUAGGUGUAAAGAAGAGAGAACUAGGGACAUGGGAGAAGAAGGCAGUGUCAUCACUCACAGCUAAUCCCUCUGAGUGUAGCACAUCAAUCUGUGAUACAGGUCUGUUACUCAGCAGUGUGAGAAGUCAAACACAACAUGCUAGCCAAACAGGAAAGAGCCUUUGUCGAAUGGAAAAUCAAUGUCUUGCAUGUCAGAGUGAGUUUGAUGGCCCAGUUCCAGGCAGCGAGCAACAUUUAGAAAGUUUAAACAAACAACUAAACACUGGCUUAGGAGCUACAGCUACUUCUGUGGAAGAAACCACACCACCAAUUUGCUCUAGUCGAAGUGAAGGGGAACCAUUAAAAACAGGUGACGACUUGCCUCUGUUAGUUCAUAAAGAUGCAAGAGAAGACAGUUUUCAAAGAACUCUAAAAGAGAAUGUAGUGGACUUGGACUGUUUAACUGGUGUGGGACUUGACAGUGAUCUGUGUGAAGAGAAGACAAUCAAGCUAAAAGAACAUGAGAAUGGAUAUGAAAGAGAAGAUAAAGGAACUCUUGAAGAAAGCUUUUGUACUAGCAAAUCACACUGCUCACACAUGUUGACUGUAAAAGACAUGGACGUGAGCUCUCAGAAAAGUACUCGCUGCAGAGAGAAGUUUAAGAGUACAGGUCUAGAAGAGAAGAUGGGAAGAGAAGUAGCUCCCAGAAAAAAGUUGCCCAUAGAUCCUUUUCUUGAUGGAGAAGAUUGUCUAGGGGCUUCAUUAGAAGGUUCAAAAGAGUCUGGCAGCAAAAUAGUCCCUCUCAGUACCAAGAAUUACGGAAACAUUUUAGAAGAAAUCCCAAGAUCUAACACAUGUAAUCUUUCAAGAGAAAGAAAAAAUUAUACAAAGCUCACAAACAUAGCAGGUACCAGUCUACUUUCAGAACCUGUGCAUGAUUGUCAAGCUGAAGAUGCAUCUGAUGCAGAAACUUCACCAGAUUUGCGGUAUAAUACAAUACCCACGUUCUAUCCACCUGUGAGUAUACUAUCAAACAGUAGCAAAGAACCAUCCUCAAACUGUGUGGUUUGCAGUGAAGUGUGUGUGCCUUACAAAUUAAACGCACGGAGCAAAGAUAGUGUAAGGGAGAUUACAGAAGGCCUGGACACUGUACCAACUCAUUCAGUGUGCAAGGAAAAUGAGUCUUUAGGUUCACAGAGACUUGAUCAAAUAGAGAAGCGUCAGGUAUUUAAACAACAGAAGUACAAGAAGAUGAAAGUACAUCUCUCAGGCAAGGCACAACAAGAGCAAAAGUCAGAAUAUCAAGAGAAAGCAAAAAUCACACUGCAGCCAAAUAUGUUGCACAGUUUUGAACUCUUACACAGCUCUUCACCUAAGUUUGUGACAUCAAGGAAUAUGAAGUUUGAAGGUCCUUCAGAGGAGAUUUUUGCUCUUGGAACCAGUGAAAAUAAACUAAGUAGCACUUUACAAGGAGUCAAAAGGCCAAAGAUUACCACAGAUAUUAGUUCACAGUUUUUGAAGACUCAGGACUCAAAAAUGGAAAACCUGAACCUUAAUUUAGGGUAUGAUGGAAUCCCUGGUGCCUUUGGAACUACAAAUAAUCAAAGAGGACCUCUUCCAUUGAAAAGACAGCCUGGAAGGACAUGCAAAAAGGUUCCCACAUCUUAUCAGUUAAAAACUGUAAGAAAAAGCAAAAAAGUUAAUAGUUCCCCUUUUUUUGAGAAACCCCUGGAAGUACUCCCUGAGCAGGAAAAUGCACUUCUCAAAUCUUUGUACUCUCCAUAUAAACCACCGCCAAUGGAAAUGGAAUCAGCCAUGAGAUUUGUGCAUAUGCCAAGGCAGAGGGCCAAGAGGUGCUCUUUGAACAGCUUGAAAUUCAGAAAAUGUACCAAAGAACCAGCAUUGUUGAGCAAGCUGUCUGCGAUGGCUAGCAAACUCCUGGCGCCUGCCAAAAGCGUCCGUAACUUAGAACCUCUGCCAUAUUCUUCUGAAAUUCUUUCAGUGGGUGAGAGGUACAGCCAACGUAGAUCUAAAAAUCUAUUGGAAGCCUUUUCUUGCAUUAACAAGAACUUACACUCAUGCUGGGCUGACAGUUGGUGCACCAAGAUGUUCAGCUUUCAGCCUUUGGCACUUUAUCCUGUAGAAUCUACCAAAAUACUUUUUUCAGACUUGAACCACAAGCCUCCAACCUCUUCCUUGGAUACCCCAGUUUUCCCAAUUUCUUUUCACAUAAAAUUGGACUCCAGUCCUGUGACAGACCUCACAAAGAUUACAGCCCAGAACUCUGUACAUCACAGACCAGUUUUGGAAGAAAAGGCAGCACUGCCUUCAAAGUGGACUUUCUCUUUUCUCCUGUCUCAGAGCUGUUCAGAUGCAACAGCUUUCAAGGAAGAUUCCAGACUAAAUGAUGAACUGCAUUCCUCUCUGUCUGUAACAACCCAGACGGCUGCUGCCCUUAAUCUUGACCGUGGAAGAAAUGCUGUAGCUGAAAGAAGAGGAGGUUACUCCAUGCUUGGACUUCACACAGUGUUAGCACUUUCUUCUCCUGGAUGCUACAGGAUUUGGACGAGAAGAAGAAACUUAACCAGUCGUAUUCCAACCAUCCAGAGACUAUUUAUAUCACAGUUCACACAAGGUUUGAAAGGGGCCAGGUAUCCAGCUUCUGUAGCAGAUGACCUCGUCUCUUCAUUGCCAUACUCAUUGGGCAGGGCACUAUCCAUAUGGAGUCAGCAUGGUCCUUCUGCCUGUCCCUCCGAAAUCACUCCUCUCCAUUCCAGUCACUGCAAGUGGCAGCCAAGUGUGGGCAUCGAGAACAGCUCCGCCAUGUUACCGCACUUCCCUGUGCAGAGCCUGGAAGCACUACAGACUGCAGGUUAUCUGAGAGGUCUGGAAACUUCAUUCCCUCUUCCAUUACCAAAGUCUUGCUCGCUCCCGGAAUUGUUACCGUCCCCCGCAAAGCUUUCAGCAUCUGAGCGCCAGGUCCAUGCCCUUGAUGAAGCUGAUAUUUCCAUUCCAGCCUGUCUUAGAUCCCAAGGUGAUACAGAACUGAAAAAACCUGAGCCAGAAAAGAGGCCAAAUAAAGUCUCACAGAUCCGAAUCAGGAAGACUGUUCCUAAGCUGGACCAUAACCUUACUCCGAUGGGGCUACCCAAACCAAAAAGGCUUAAGAAGAAAGAAUUUAGUUUAGAAGAAAUUUACACAAACAAGAACUACAAGUCACCUCCUCCAGCCAGGAGCUUGGAAACAAUCUUUGAAGAGCCCAAGGAGAAGAAUGGACGCUUGAUCUCUGUCAGCCAGCAGAAGAGAAAGCGGAUUCUGGAGUUCCAGGACUUUACUCUUCCCCGGAAAAGGAAGGCACGAGGCAAAAUCAAAGCAGUGGGUAGUUUCACCCGAGCAAAAAAAGCUGCACUACAGAGUGCAGAGUUAGAUGCUCUUCUGAGUCAGAAGCUAGUGGACCUUGAAGCCUUUUUUGCAAAGGAGGCUGAGCAGGAGCAGGCCUCUAGCAUCUGAGGGAGCUGUUUAGCUGAAAAUGGUCCAGUCAGCUCCUUUAGUAUUUUAGUCCCGUUGGGAGAAAUCUACUGACUUUUUCAUACAUUACUCUACCAUGCUGUUCCAAUAUCUGAUGAUCAGUUUUUGGCUGUCACCCUCUUUAAGGUGCU